GAGACCGACAUCUCCGUUCUUCACGACCGAUCAUCCAACCAUCCUUCCAUCUUCCAGCCCGUUUGGUUCUGAGACGACUCUUCAGCGGACAAGAUGAGAAUGAUCCUUCUGCUGGUGCAGCUGGCCACCUGCUGUGCCAUGGGCUCAGCUAUCAAGUGCUAUCAAUGUAACCUUGGAGCGUCCUACUUCACCCGCUGGGACUGGAGUACUAAAUGUACCCUCACCAAAUGUGCAGAAGGAGAUCAGUGCUUCAUCACCAAAGAUCAGAGUGCAGACAAGGUCUCCUAUAAGAUGGAAUGCAAUCCUGAUUGUAAAGAUGAUGAUAACACUAAGUGCUGUGACUCUGAUGGAUGCAACAACUGGCUGGACGUGGCUGAUGAUGCAACCCAACAGGCUGCUGUCAGCACAGCAUGCACCAAGGCCAACAAUGAUGUCAAACAGUGCCUGGAUGCCAUCAAGACCAAGACUCCCAGAUGCUAUUCAUGCUCAGGUCCCCUUGGAGCGUCCUACUUCACCAGCUGGGACUGGAGUGCUCAAUGUACCCUCACCCCAUGUGCAGCAGGAGAUCAGUGCUCCAUCACUAAAGUGUCAGGCGCCUACCAGGUGGGCUGCAAGGCUGGUUGUAAAGAUGAUGCUAACACUAAGUGCUGUAACACUGAUGGAUGCAACAAGUGGCUGGACGUGGGCGAGGAUGCUGAUGCAUGGAAGAAGGUGGAGGCCAUCAAGGCAGCUUGCAGCCCCUCCAGCAACGACCCCAAAGACUGCCUGAAAGCCAUCGACCCAAACCUCAUCAGUGGUGGGGGGGGGCUGGCUGGUGCUUUGGGCCUGCCUUUGGUCUUGGCCAUCAGCGUGAUUGUGUUGGUGGUACUGGGCUAA